AUGACGGCCCCAUUGCAAAGGUCGUCUUCCUGCUCCUCUGGAAAACUGGAGUAUGAUGCUUCAGACCCAAUUCCAGAGGCCAGGGCAUUAACUACGAAGAUGGAUAAAAGACCCACAAAGGUGGAUGACGUUAGUGCCCCGACCGCCAAAGGCGAUCUUAAACACCUCCUGCAUGAACUGCGCACAAUGUUCCAAACAGACUGCGCACUGAUACAGGAGGACAUGCAUACCCUCUCCGGUCACAUGAAGUCUAUGGAGGAUGAAUCGGUGAUGGCCCAUCAGAGCCAACUUAACACUGCCAUACUCACCCAGCAACUUACACAGUAACAUGUAACACCGUGUGGCAGCCUGAAAGAUACCUUGCGUUGGCAAAACCUGAAGAUCAGAGGUGAGCAGCGACAUUGGCACUGAAGAAUUGCCUCAGUACACCCGACCCUUAUUCUCCUCUCUACUGCUAUCUAAGCAGGUGAAAUCUGUGCUAAAUGAAGGGUUGUUCCGAGUGUGCCAUCUCCGCGGUUACAUGACAGCUCCUCUGGAAGACGUGAUUGUGGCAUUCCGAUUAAUUGCCAACAAACGGGCAGCGCUAUCUGCCAUUCGAGAAAGACAACCGCUGGACUUUGAAGGCUCUAAACUGUCUUUUUACGAGGAUCUCAACAGUGCGCUCUCACAUGGAGAGCAUCCCUCCGUCCCAUGA